ACAAACGCGCAUGGUCUCAAAAGAUUCUGCUGGUUGGCAGCAGGAAACCCAGAGAUCGGAUUCUAAAAGAAAAGAUGGAUGUGCUCAAAGAAAAGAUGGAUGUUUUGAACGAUUUCCAGCGAUUUUUUUUCUCUAUGAGUCGUUUUGCUUCGUUUCCCUGGACUUUUCUAGAAAAAGACCUGCAAAGCAACAAAUCAUCACAAUUCAUUUUAGAUAUCUUGAAACAGACAUGUCUUCACUCUCUGUGCACAAAGUUUCCACCAUCAGUCAAAUACAGGAGGCUGUUCAUCUCCGAGCUCAUCAGACAGCAAGAGGCGGCAGGCUGCGACCCUCUGGACGAGCUGUACGACGCUCUGGCCAAGGUGCUGGGAGCUGAAGACACGCCUGACUGCUACAAGAGCUACUUACUGCCCUGUGGUGACUCAGUCAGCCUGUUGGAGAACGUAGCUCUGAUCUCAGAGGGAACCACCGGCCUGGUGACCUGGGAGAGCGGCCUCUACCUGGCAGAGUGGGCUCUGGAUCAUCAGCAGGCCUUCACCGGCAGGACAGUUCUGGAGCUGGGCAGUGGUUUGGGGUUGACCGGUAUCACCAUCUGUCGCUCCUGCAGCCCGAACAGAUUUGUCUUCAGCGACUUUCACCCAAGCGUCCUGCAGAAACUGAGAACCAACGUCCGGCUGAAUGGGCUGGGUGAGCAGACGACUCCCACUGUCAGCGUUGAACUGCUGGACUGGACAACAGCGACUGAGGAGCAGUUACAAGAGAUCGGAGCUGACACCAUCAUCGCUGCAGAUGUGACGUACGAUCCUGAUAUCUUGGGAGGCCUGGUGACUAUUCUGACCAAGAUACUGAGAUUUUCCUCCCCCGAGGUCCUUAUCUGCUCCAGCAUAAGAAACCCGGAGACGUACAGCGGCUUCAAGCAGCAGCUAGAAAACGCAGGAAUCCGCCAUCAUGUGGUCACAGGACUUGUCAGCCACGUGUUUCCUUACAGCAGAUUCUCAUCAAUAGAAAUGAUUAAACUGUACAGAUGACACAAAUGCAGCACCAUAAGGAUUUGAUAUACAAAGGUACAUCCUCAAAGUUUCAAACAAUUGAAUCAAUGCCAGUUACACUCCUACUCUGUGUCCCGUGAUCCAGAUGUGCAGUCUGCGAUAUGGGAGGGCUUGUUUAAUGAUGGUGGUCUCGCCAGGGAAUUUAUUCUGCUCCUUGAAGGCUUUUCUGGAUUCAUUUUGUUGGACCCCUCAACAAGAGCCUUGAACUUGACAUUUUCCGCCAUCUCUAGUUUAGUGACUCUUUCAGAAAUAUAGCGUGGUCACGAUAUCGACUGCACAGCCUGUACAUGCAGUUUGCAUGCAUCUCCUGUAACUCCACAACAAACACUUUUUUACCGAUUUCAAUUGAUAAGAACAGUGUAUUUAGGAACUUUUUAGAUUUUCACAAGCAUCGAUUUUCCCAAAACUACAAACAAUUUACACUUUUCUUUGUAACUAAAGAAGUUAAAGUAACAAUGAUUAAAUAGAAGAAAGUGCAUGAAAGUAGAGAAGUUGCAAAUAAUGAACCAUCUAUCUGACUUGCUGGCUGAAUAUCUAAAUGACAUGCUCAUAUUUUACACUUACAGAAUCUGCCCACCGCAUUUUAAUCGGUGUUAGCAACUUGGUAUAAAAGCCAACUUACCGUCCACUGUAUGUUUGGGGGGGUGGGAGAAGGAGGAGGGGAGGUGUGUAGAGACCCUGCAACUGUCAUGCAUAUUUUUUAAAUAGAGAGGAUAGAGUCACAAUUUAUAAACGACACCAGUAAGAAAGCCCAGGACAAACACUUAAUAGAAAUGACAACUUUAGAGAAAAAACAACCUGAAGUUACUGACUACACUGAGUAAGGUUGCAAUAAAUUGGAAUUUACAUAUAAAUUUAGUAUUAAAUGUAUUUUCCACCAGAAAAUUCACAAAAUCAAAUUUGAAUUUAAAUCUAAUUGAAAUUGGGGGAAAUUCUUAAUUCCACAAUGCCAUUACCAAUGUGAAAUUUCCAGAAACUUAAAAACUAUGUGCAGCACAGGUGAAAAAUGUACCCAUUUUUACAGACUCUAUUGAGGUUGACCACGCAGAUCUUCAGGAGUAACUUGAUAAGACAGCUGAUCUACUUGUUUGAUACUCGAGCUGCAAUGUGUAAUAUUUAACCUGUAUGGAAAAAAAACAACCCCAUUGGUAUUGUGCUUUCAAUCAUUUUCUUAGAUUACCUGAAAGUAUUAAUUACAUACUGUACUUUCAGCCAGUACUGUCAUAUAUAUUUUUUCAUGUUGAUUUUAAUUGAGGUUGAAGGUGGGUAUAUGUUAAAGCUCACCUUGUGUCCGUAGAUGGACUGUUGAUGUUUAUUAUUUAAUCUUUUUUUCAAAUUUUUUUCAAAUGUGUUGUUUCACCUCCCCUCUAAGUAUUGAUAUCGGUCAUUAAAAAAAAAUUUGGCCCAAUGGCCACUGAACUAAUGUAGAGUUCAUGUGACUAAUAUACUAUGAUUAUUCAAUUUUUGGUGUUACUUAUUCAAAAUCUAAAUUGUAUUCCUAAACGUUAUAAUACUAAUUAAUAAAUGAACAUCACCAUUAA